AUGCUAUCAUUUCAUAAGCAGGCCAAAAAGUUCGAUGACAAGCUAUAUAAAUUAAUUAUUAGCGACAAAUCAAGGAGUCUUUUAAGAAAUAAACGGAUCAUGCUUCACUUUCGAGUUCAAACAGUUGAAGAUUUCACAGCUUUGGGAUGUUUUCGGUUUGACUUUCCUCUUUUAUGCACAAUUAUCUCAGCAGCAGUUUCAUCAGUGUUAAUAAUGAUUCAGUUUUCUGAUUAG